AUGCCUGAACUGGAGGAGGAUCUUCCACCUGACCCCAUGUGUAGGCAACAUCCGAGAAGACAAGACUCGUUGCAACACAACCGGCCGCGUGAACGAGAGCCCAGAGAAGUUAAUCAUGAUAUAAAACUAACGCCACCAACUUUUGCAGGGAAAUCCAAUCCCGAAGUUUACUUGGACUGGGAACGGCGGUUAGAAUACAUCUUUGACUGCUAUGGUUAUAGUGAGAACAAGAAAGUGGCCUUAGCCACGGCUCAACUCACCGAUCAUGCUUUAGCAUGGUGGGAUCGCACCGUAGCUGAGAGGAGACGCCAAGUCUUUGGGCCAAUACAAACUUGGCGCGACAUGAAGUACCUCUUACGACUCAGGUAUGUUCCAGAACACUAUCACCGUGACUUACAGAAGCGCUUUCGUAAGUUAACUCAGGGAACAAGGAGCGUGGAAGAGUACUUCGAGGAGUUUGAGAAACUGUUGAACUCCCUAGAGCUUGAAGAGACCGAAGAGGCCUUGAUGGCUCAGUUUGUGGACGGUCUCCAAGAAAGAAUAGCCCGCAAGGUGGAGAGAGUCAAGUAUAGUGGCCUCCACUUGCAUCUUUCAGUUCAGGUGGAACAACAAAUCAAGCGCAAAGCCUCGCUAACAAACCGCAACCGCGGUAGCCAGCCGUGGCAAGCUAGCUCUAGUCGAACCAUUGACAAGGGCAAGGCCAUGGAAGUUGAUUCACGUCUCAAAUCAAAAUCCACCGAGGCACCAAAGACCAAUCGACCGGAACCAGGUAAGUUUCAAAACACUAGUCAAGCUAGAACACGCGAUAUAACCUGUUUCAAGUGUCAGGGACGAGGGCACUAUGCACGAGACUGUCCAAACCAAAGGGUAAUGAUCAUCACCCCGAGUGGAGGAUAUGAAUCUCAAGAUGAGCCUGAAGAAGAACCCGGGGACAAUGAAGAGAAUGUGGAAUAUCUUGAUACUGGUGAAUAUCUCUUAGUGACUAGAAGAGUCUUAAGUGCGCAAGUUCAGCCCGAGGAUCGGAUCCAACGAGAGAACUUGUUUCAUACGCGAUGCACCAUUAACAACAAGGUAUGUAAUAUUGUUAUUGAUGGAGGUUCAUGUACUAACGUGGCAAGCAAGUUCAUGGUAGACAGAUUAGGACUGGAAAAGACCAAGCACCCGAGGCCAUACAAAUUGCAAUGGCUUGACGAUGCCACCGAGCUCAAAGUAACCGAACAAGUCACGGUUCCUUUUAGUGUGAGCAAGUACAAAGACGAGGUCCUUUGUGAUGUUGUGCCGAUGCAAGCAGAGCAUCUUUUACUAGGCAGGCAGUGGCAGUGUGACAAGGCUACUAUGCACAAUGGCCGCACCAACUUCUACAGCUUUACACACCUUGGUCGCAAAUACAAUUUAGCACCACUCAGUCCCACCGAGGUCCACGAGCUUCAGAGCGAAUGCAACAAGAGACUAAGGUUAAAGGAACUUGAGCUCCUACCCGAAGUAGAGGCCUUACUCAAACGGUUCGAAGAUGUGUUUCCCGAAGAGAUCCCACCAGGGCUACCACCCCUACGAGGAAUAGAACAUAAGAUAGACCUAGUUCCAGGCCAGCCGUUACCAAAUAAGGCAGCUUACCGAAUGAACCCGGAAGAAAGCAAAGAGCUCGAGAGACAAGUGCGAGACUUGAUGGACAAGGGCUAUAUACAAGAAAGCCUCAGCCCCUUUGCCGUGCCUGUGCUUUUAGUGCCUAAAAAGGAUGGUACCUGGCGUAUGUGUGUGGAUUGCCGGGCCAUAAACAACAUUACUAUCAAGUAUAGGCACCCCAUUCCGCGUUUAGACGACAUAUUGGAUGAACUUAGCGGCUCCACUAUCUUCUCCAAAGUGGACUUGAAGAGUGGGUAUCAUUAG